UUUUUUUUUUUCCUUCUUCAAGUUUUGUUUUCAUAUACAUAAUCCUUACUCUAUCUUGGUCUGCAGCAUGCCAAAAGAUGAAGCUCAGUUGUAUGCUGCAAAUGAACUUUACAAUAGAGGCUGGUUUUAUCACAAAGAACAACGAUUCUGGUUCAUUCGUGUCUCUAACAUGGAACCACUUGUGAAGACUAACACUCACGAGCGAGGAUCGUACCUCUGUUUCGACCCCCAAACAUUUGAAACUGUCCGCAAGGAUAAUUUUGUCCUUCACUACGAGAUGGUAGAAAAGAGACCAGCACUACCGCAACAUUGAUUCUUUUUACAUAUAUAGAAAAUGUAAAGGUAAUUCGUGGAUUUUCACUUGUAAGCCUUAGUUGUGUUUGUAGAAUUCAUGUUUUUGUAACUCGGUAAUUGCAAUCGAUCGUGUAGGCCCAAUCUUGUAAUUUUAGUGAGCCGAUUUAGUGGUUUCUUCCCUGUCAUUUUACAAGAUCCACAAUCUUAGGUUGAACAUGGUAUCAUUGAAUUGAAUCCUCGGCAUACGGGUUUAUUGCUUCCUUGUUUGUUUUUAUGGUACAACCUGCUGUCAUACAAUACCAACAUCUCUCCUAUUAACCAACAAAGUUAAGAACCUGCUGUUGCCUGUUUGAACAACCUGCCAAUCAAUGUAAGCCAUUCAUUCUUCCA